GCGGCUCCGGGCCGCGGGGACUCAGAGCUGGUGCCGCCGUCCCCCGCGCGCCCUGCCCCGCGCCGCCCGCCAUGAAGACCCCGGGCGAGGUGCUGCGCGAGGGCGAGCUGGAGAAGCGCAGCGACAGCCUCUUCCAGCUGUGGAAGAAGAAGCGCGGGGUGCUCACCCCCGACCGCCUGAGCCUCUUCCCCGCGGGCCCCGGCGCGCGGCCCAAGGAGCUGCGCUUCCACUCCAUCCUCAAGGUGGACUGCGUGGAGCGCACCGGCAAGUACGUCUACUUCACCAUCGUCACCACCGACCGCAAGGAGAUCGACUUCCGCUGCGCGGGCGAGAGCUGCUGGAGCGCGGCCAUCACGCUGGCGCUCAUCGACUUCCAGAACCGCCGCGCCCUGCAGGACUUCCGCAGCCGCCAGCCGCGCCCCGCGCCCGAUGCGCCCCCCGACGAGCGCACGGCCCGCGCGCCCUGAGCCGCCGCCGGAACCAGAGACGGGAAGAGUCGGGGCCCGACGCGGCCGCCUGGUCACGCCCGGCGGGAACCCAGGGGCGCCCGGGACGGCGGGAGCCAGGCGACACCCCGUCCCCGCUGAACACGACGCGGGCUAAGCCAGGGCCGGACCCUCCCGGCAGCCGCCCAGGGGUCCUUUCCGCGGAGACUCGCCCGCUGUGCGGGCCCUUAAAUUAUUGGACUAUCUACCUAUUUAUUUCACUGGUUAUUUGUCGUCAAAGGUUCUGCCUUAAUAUUUUGUUUUUGCAUCAACGUGUCCAUUCCAAAUAAAUGACUUGAAUUGUUCUUUUCUACCA